CAAGAACAGCUCGAACAGCGCGAGGUACCGUCGCAUCAUUAAUAUAUCGUGCAUGAUUUUAAUAAUUUAACAACGAAUCUAGCCUGUAUGGAUAUGUUGUUACCGGUUUUACGAAUACAAGAGACAGGAAAGGAGAGGCCGGCGGCAAGAAGAAUGACUAUCUUGCUAGUUUCCGGUCAACAAGGCUUCGACUUGCACAGCAAUCACGGCCUUCUUUCCGUACCUGACGAAGCCACCCUUUUCCCUUUAUCUUUAGCUACCAUGUGCGGCCUUUUGCCUUGUUUGCUUGCUAUGCUUGGUUAUAAAAUGUACGUCCCGCGCCCUUCUUUCCUUUCUUCUUCUCUCCCCCCUCAUACCUUUCCUUUCGAUCAGCACCUCGUUCCCAACCUUCGGCUCUCCCAACGACCAUGGCUUCUUUUGAUCUUUAUAGUGACCAAGCUGUCCUUGGUCUUCUUUUCUCUUCCACUUUUCUCGAUCCUGUGCCGCCCACGGAAAGUCCACCAGCGUACGAACCUGUUCAAGGACACGAAGUCAUAGACCACUCCCUUGAUUCGUUUGCUCGUUCGGCGGAUUCCGCUCCCUCCCGGUUCACACAGCACAUUGGAGUCUUUUGAACUCUGACUCCCAUUUGACUUCAACUCUUUCU